AUGGCAUCAGGCGCUAAAACGACUACUACAGGGACCAAAUCGCAGGCCGACCUGGACAUCGAGCGGAAUUUCCAGGGAGUGCCCAUCGCCCAGUAUGCCGACCGUUGGCUGUUCCUUAACACCACCUACUGGGAUUUCGGUAGCGGAGAGCACGAUAGACCUCUGGAAGAAGCCGAAAGCUUAACUCAAUUAUACGGGGAGGACCGACGGCCGUGCCCCUUUACCCCGAGCCUGCGAGCAGCGCCGGGCCACCCACUGUCUUCGUUUACGCCGACCGAGCGCUAUCUGCUGGACUACUUCAUCCAGGGAAUCGGGCCAAACUGCUCCCUAAGCACGCACUACAAUCCAUAUCUAUCUCUCGUCACGCCGCUCGCCCUCGCCCAUGUGCCGCUGCGCAAUACGCUGCUCGCAAUCGCCGCGAACCAGUUCUACCGUCUAGGCAAUGACAGGUUCGAGAAGGAGGCGUAUAUAUACAAGCAGCGUGCGCUUGCCGGCUUACAGAAUGAGAUCAAUGAGCGAAAACCCAGCUUCGGUGCUGUUGCUACCGUCCUGAUGCUCUGCUUUCACGAUAUCUCGGAUGGAUGCACCCCGUCAUGGAAGACGCAUCUUCGCGGUGGCUUGCAGCUUCUGAACCUGCUCCCCCUGAAAACGACGGAAAGCCAUAUGCUUAGGCAGUUUUUUGUCAUGUACUUUGUUGCACAUGAAAUAAUGGGCCGGACCGCCGUGGAAGACAGCUCUGAAGCAGAAGCAACCGACUGUACAUGGCUAGCGGAUGAUGAUUUGGAAGAGAUCGAUAUGCUUAUGGGCUGCUCUCGCGGCCUGAUGACCUUGAUCAACAAGAUCUCGAGCCUCUCUACCGAGAAAUCCAAGCUCUCGUAUUUCAACAACGCUCGUAACGAACUAGAGCGAGCCCUUCAAGCCGUCCGGCAGACUCUCCCAUCCUACGCCGUGGGCAGGGAAGACUUGCUACGCGUCGCUGAAGUCAAGAGAUUGACAGCGCUCCUUUACCUACGGCAACGCCUAGGGACCCCACAUAAUACAUCAAUCCUUAGCCCUGUAAGUGUGGGUCUAUUCGCUCGAUACCCCAUAACAUAUAAUACGAGCAUUAGCAGAGCCAGCCCCGGCCUGCAGCCGCUGGUGAUGGGCGAAUCCUCGUCUAUGGCCUGGAAAGAGCGAUUGGUAGCGGAUAUCAUUGCGAUAAUAUCUACCCUGCCCGAUACGGCCACCCUCCUUUGGCCCCUGUUUGUCAUUGGGAAUGUCGAUAUCGAGAAUGAGGACCAUCGCCGGUUCAUCCUUGAACGCCUGCAAAAUAUCCAGAAUUCGCGGAAUCUGGGUAACAUCCGCCGUGCAAGACUGGCUGUGGAAUCCGCAUAUCGCGCCAAAGAUCUAGAUCAUCCCCGGGGGAAGACCUGGGGGCAGGAAGGACGUGGAAUCAGCUUGGCAUGA